AGGCAGAUUGCGGUCGGCCUUUUGGCGUCAUUAUCGCGCGCAGUCGCAGGUCCUUUUUCCGCUGUAGUUCAGCGUGUGUCCCUGUCGGUCAGUUGACCUGUCAUUUGUUUCGUCUUUGGGUCCCACCUGAGUGUCAGCAUGUCCCGCUGUCUCGCGCUGGCUCGGUUCGCUCUCGGUUCCUCUCAGAGGGCCAGCUCGCGGCUGGUGUCAUCUACACGCGGGCUGAGCAGCCGACCUGUCUCGCGGUCCUUGACUGGAGGUUUGUCGGUUGGACAGCUGCAGAGGUGGAGCAGUCGCCCCAGGGUGUGGAGUUCGCAGCAGGCCUUCCUUGGCGUUAGCCCACAGUAUUAUUACAGCACCCAGGAAGCAGAGAAAGAGCCAGAGGAGGAGCCUCUGCACAAUAUCAUCAGUGACACAGAGGCUGUGCAAGGUAGUUUCCACAAACAUGAGUUUCAGGCUGAAACCAAAAAGCUGCUGGAUAUUGUCGCCAGGUCCCUGUACUCAGAGAAAGAGGUCUUUAUCAGGGAGCUCAUCUCUAACGGCAGCGACGCACUGGAAAAACUGCGCCACAAAUUGAUAUCAGCAGGUGGUGAAACGGCUCCAAUGGAGAUCCACCUGCAGAGUGAUGCAGCAAAGGGCACCUUCACCAUUCAGGACACAGGAAUCGGCAUGAACAAGGAUGAGCUGGUGUCUAACCUGGGCACUAUCGCCCGCUCUGGUUCUAAGGCGUUUUUGGACACUCUUCAGAACCAGGCGGAGGCCAGCAGCACCAUCAUUGGUCAGUUUGGUGUUGGAUUCUACUCCGCCUUCAUGGUGUCCGACCGCGUGGACGUGUACACUCGCUCGUCUGAGCCCGAUGCACCUGGAUACAAGUGGUCCUCAGAUGGCUCUGGGGUUUUUGAGAUUGCUGAAGCCACCGGCGUUCAACAAGGAACAAAAAUCGUGCUCCACCUGAAAGACGACUGCAAGGAGUUUUCCUCUGAGGACAGAGUUAAAGAGGUUGUAACAAAGUACAGCAACUUUGUAAGCUUCCCCAUCUUUCUGAAUGGACGGAGGCUCAACACUCUGCAGGCUUUGUGGAUGAUGGAGCCGAAGGAGAUCAGUGACUGGCAGCACGAGGAGUUCUACCGCUACGUCGCUCAGGCUUACGACAAGCCACGCUACACUCUGCACUACCGCGCCGACGCGCCGCUUAACAUCAGGAGCAUCUUUUAUGUCCCCGAAGCGAAGCCAUCCAUGUUCGAUGUGAGCAGGGAGAUGGGGUCCAGCGUGGCUCUGUACAGCAGGAAGGUCCUGAUUCAGACCAAAGCUACUGACAUUUUGCCCAAGUGGCUGCGCUUCCUUCGAGGUGUGGUGGACAGCGAGGACAUCCCUCUGAAUCUGAGCAGAGAGCUGCUGCAGGAGAGCGCCCUCAUCAGGAAGCUUCGUGAUGUUCUGCAGCAGAGGGUGAUCCGCUUCCUGCUGGACCAGAGCAAAAAGGAGCCAGAGAAGUACAGCAAGUUCUUUGAGGACUACGGCCUCUUCAUGAGGGAAGGCAUCGUCACCACACAGGAACAAGAUGUCAAGGAGGAUAUCGCAAAGCUGCUGAGAUUCGAGUCGUCGGCUUUGCCGGCCGGCCAGCAGACCAAUCUGAUGGAGUACGCGUCCCGCAUGAAGGCAGGCACGCGUAACAUCUACUACCUGUGUGCCCCCAACAGACAUCUCGCAGAGCACUCCCCCUACUACGAAGCCAUGAAGCAGAAGGACAUGGAGGUGCUCUUCUGCUACGAGCAGUUCGAUGAGCUGACCCUGCUGCAUCUCAGAGAGUUUGACAAGAAGAAGCUGAUCUCAGUCGAGACCGACAUCGUGGUCGAUCACUACAAGGAGGAGAAGUAUGAAGACAGCAAGCCAGCAUCCGAGCGCCUGACGCAGGAGCAGGCUGACGACCUCAUGGCCUGGAUGAAGAACUCGCUUGGACCCCGUGUGACUAACAUAAAGCUGACGCCUCGUCUGGACACCCACCCGGCCAUGAUCACAGUGCUGGAAAUGGGCGCCGCACGCCACUUCCUCCGCACCCAGCAGCUGGCCCGCACUGCUGAGGAGAGAGCCCAAAUACUGCAGCCCACACUGGAGAUCAAUGCAGGACACGAUCUGAUCAAGAAGUUGUUCGCACUGAAGGACACAAACUCUGAGCUGGCUGGAUUAUUACUGGAGCAGAUCUAUGACAAUGCCAUGAUCGCAGCCGGCUUGAACGAUGAUCCUCGACCGAUGAUUUCCCGCCUCAACGACCUCCUGACCAAAGCUUUAGAGAAGCACUGAGAGCGGCCCGCAGACACACUCUGCUUUGGUGAAAGCGGCCUGUAGCCUGGAGCAUUCGCAGCAGCUCAAUGGUCGAUAAAGCCAGAGAACUAGACUUUAUAAAGAAUACGCCACCUCUUUUCGCCUCUCAAGACUUUCAUUUCCACCGGUGCAGCAGGCGUGAAGGCUGAAACAGGAACUGCCUGAAGACUCUCCAUAAACACUUCAGUGUCUCUACGCUUUGUGUUCUUUGGUCCUGGUUGCACCGGUCUGUUGUUACAGUGUGACUUUGCCAUUACGCUCACUCUUAGUGUACUUUCAGUUAAUAGCCAGGCUCAUUCUUAAUCACAUCAUGAAUACUCCAGGCUUCUAAGUGAGCGCUGAACUUCUGAUGUGCUGCUGCCAGCUGGACUCAUCUUAAAUAUCUGAUAUUUUUCCAAGUUUGGAUUUAUAAGGAAACUUUAUUGGUCUUCCUUUUGGAAAUGUGCCACUUCUAAGUUUCCAGAUAAUCUGGUUUUUCAGAGUAACAACCUCGUCUUUGAGGUACAAAUUGUGCAGAAAAACAUUGUCCAGCUCAACCACAAGGACACUUAAGAGUAAAUCUUCACCUCUCAGCACAUUUGAAAUUCAGCCUGGUAGUUUGUAAUCUUUCGCUGUUCUCACUGUUUUUGCUUGAACCAUUUUUCUUACGCUCGUUAGUUUUGUGGUGUUAAAAUGUUUCUGAGCAGCGGUUUGCGCUCGUACUCUGAGACUCUGCUGCAUUCAGGAAGCGGUAAACGUCAUUUCAGAUAGUGUGAGGAUUUAUGGAGUCUUGUCAGCAAAUAAACACUGAUUCAACAUAA